ACCUAGAUAUUAAUAAUCAUGUCUGUCAACCUUCUAUAUAUUACAAUUAGACCUCUCUAACUAUCCAAGUUCCAACUAUGAACGCGAUGGAUGCGCACCAAAACACACUUACAUACAUCAAUGAUUUUGAGCUUUAUGACUUCGUUCACAAUCCAAAUUUUGAUCAGUUCAUCAAUUUGAUCCGAGGGGAGGAUGAAGAUGCCAACUGUGACUUCGGUUCUGACCUUAUCAAUGAUUGUUUUGUUAACAAUCAGCUUCUUUCAUGCCCUACAAACCCAUUUGAUCAGAACAAUAAUAAUGCUGUGAGUGUCUAUGAUCCAAGCUCCACAUUUAGCUCCUUCUCUUGCUUUGAUGGGGAGGUCAAGGGGCAUGGAGAAGAAGAACAUGAUGGAGAGCAUUCUUCAGAGACAACCACGACAACGACAAUGACAACUAAGAAUGGUGAUGCUAAACCGAAACUAAAAACUGAUAGGUCCAAAACUCUCAUUUCUGAGAGGAGAAGGAGGGGUCGAAUGAAGGAGAAGCUUUAUGCAUUGCGUUCUUUGGUUCCCAACAUAACAAAGAUGGAUAAAGCUUCUAUAAUUGGAGAUGCAGUGUCAUACGUGCAUGAGCUUCAAGCUCAAGCCAGGAAGUUGAAGGCUGAGGUUGCAGGACUUGAAGCAUCCUUAUUAAUGUCUGAAAAUUAUCAAGGAUCAAUUAACAAUCCCAAAAAUGUGCAAGUAGCACGUAAUAGUCAUCCAAUAUGCAAGAAGAUCAUGCAGGUGGACAUGUUUCAAGUGGAGGAAAGAGGGUAUUAUGCAAAAAUAGUGUGCAACAAAGGAGAAGGGAUGGCUGCAUCGCUUUAUAGGGCUCUUGAGUCUCUUGCAGGCUUUAAUGUUCAGAAUUCAAACUUGGCUACAGUUUGUGAGAGUUAUCUACUCACAUUUACAUUGAAUGUAAAAGGAUCUGAACCAGAAAUUAACUUGCCAAAUUUGAAGCUUUGGGUAACUGGUGCUCUUCUGAACCAAGGCUUUGAAUUCGUGACAUCGUUUCCUGCUUGACUCACUAUGACGUAGAAUAUGCAUUUGAGAGAUUAUAAUGAGCCAUGAAACAUGUACUGAGCUAGUAUGAGCCUCCAAUACCAUCUGUGCAAUAACACAACACUAUUGUUACAUAUUAUAAGCACAACACCGUUGCUACCUUCGUUCUAUGUAAUUCUCCAAUUUUCACUAAAAAAUAAUAACACCACAAA